CAAUACAUCCUUGCCCUGUUGAUCCACGAUAGGAUCUCCCUCAUUCCAUGUGCUCCGAUUUAUCCGGCUAGUUCUCCUUGGAAUGGGGCGAAGCGAACCCGAUGUUACAAUUCGUUGCAGGGCCCCGUGCUCUGGGAGGGCUUGAAUCCACAUCCCGCCAGUCCGGUUGGAUUUCCGGACAAGAGAAAUUGGGACAAGUGAAGUGUCAAGGUGUGUGAAAUCACACUCCCACUUUGCCCAGGCUGGGGCUCUCUUUUGUCGGCCCAGGACAGUCCGAUUGUGGUUGCUCGUCGUACGGGAUUCUUUCCGUAUAUGCGUGUUCGACCGCCGAGUUGUCCUCGUUGCAUCCGCCACUGCUCCAGGGGGGAAAAGAGAAUUUUGUUCGGUCUUACUCCGCUUGGGCUGAGGCAGAGGGAGCAGAUUGCCGCCGAGGAACAUAUCUGUCGUUUGUUGGAUGGAACAGCGUCAUGCCCUCUUGGUUUCUGCAGACACCAAGCCGGCGUUGCUCUUUAAAUCUUUUUUUCCCCUGCGGUCUGGUCGCGAAGGUCCAUCUCUAAUUUAUUUUUAUUUUUUAUUCUGGGUACGCGCGGCGAUCCACGUACCGUUUCCAUCCCUCGGCUGGUUGUGGAGUUUUUGUGGUUCAUCACUUAAACUGUCGUUCAUCCAAUUCCCGAAAGGGCAAUCUCAACGGACGAGAGAAUCAGCGACUCGCCAGACCAUUCCACGCGAGCGGCUCUAUUGAUCACAGACCUGAAUAACGAUCGCUUUCGUAACAUCCACCAACUACGUACCUGACACAGGGCGCCUGUCAUUUCAAGCCCCUUUCGCUCUUUACCCCUUACUCUCAUUCACUUUACGUCAUUUCGCAUUCCAAGUCAUUUGUCAGAUUUGGAUUCUACACACCGGCAGUUACAGACUGUGCCCGCCAGUUCGCCUUUGGUUUUUUCGUUACCGCCGUCACGGGCCCGCGGGGAAUUGUUCCCCGGAAACAAGGUCUUUCUUUGGUGGUGGAUGAAGUUAAACAGUACCGAACGAUAAACGAUUCAACGGUUACCCUUCCCGUCGCCUUCUAGUCACCCCAGCGACAAACUAUUGUCACCAGCUGCCAGCAAAUCAUACGUUGCCCGUUGCGCAAAAGAGACGGCAAAGCAACCUUUCCAACAGGUUCUUCGGUUAGAUAAAAGGGCCCUCCGCCGCGACAAUUACCAGCAAGUUUGCGGUGUUUGCCCUGGUCGAUCAGCUUAGGCUCGCCAGCACAGCCCAUCAUCAACCAACAGGGGAAAAUCGUCAGUUGGCAACCUACAAUACAAAGUUCUGGGGUUUACCUAGGCGGCACGGGAUUCGGUCAGAGGUCACACGGGUAUUAUCAGGCAAAGAAGAUCCAAAGUUGAUCUUCGUUAUCCUUCAGAGGCCCAGCGCAGCGCCGCACAAACGACAAGCAAGCGCCUCUACCCCCGAUACUUACAAGUGAAUAGUCAGGGACCAAGACAGACCAAGAGUUUGUUUGCUUCAUCCCCCUGAACCCAGCCCAACGGGCGGCUUGGGCGCUUCACUUGGCCAUUUCGAGAUUCUUGUCUCGGGAGAACGUUCUAUCUCGGUUUUGCCCGAGCAUGAUACGAUUAUACACUAGCUGGCAUCUCAUUCGAUAAUAUUCACGAAUCUGGAUCACCGCACACUCUCUUUCAGCGAAUCGACACAUUGAGCGCGAAGACUACUGGCACAAGCUCCUCCUAGCUUUCUACCCGCAUUCUCUACCCUCGUUUAAGGAUCUUACCAACCACCGGACCACGUCGUACCCUCAAACAUUACAACAUCGCAAAUGGAUCUUAUCCAGCGGCGCAGGCUCGCUGCACUCGACUUCAACAACCCAGGCGAUCACUUCACACCAGCAAUGCAAAUACGAAACGAAGAUAUGGCAGCAACACAUACAUUACCCGAAAGGGCGGCGAAUCCCACCAUCGCCCCCUUCAACACAGGACUCAGCGGAGUCAACCAACCUAUGAACCUCUUGUUUAGGGAUACACUCUGGCUCAGUAUGGGGGCGGUUGCUGUCGUGGUACUGGGAGUCAGAAUCAUAGAGCUAUCAUGGGCGAAGCUACGGUUACUUUCAGCCAUGUCUAUCCCAGGCGAUAGGCAACACUUUUGGAAAGUGAAGCAAUGGAGCUGGAUGCCGGGUGUCAAGAGGAAUCUCAUCUAUGCCCCCUUAUGGAACAAACGCCACAACCGCGAAAUCCGACUCUCGAGCGCCAUGAACAUGGGUACUCUACCCUCGAGGCUUCACAGCGUCCUUCUUCUCCUUUAUCUGGCCAGCAACCUAGCGUACAUGUUCAUCCUCAACUGGGGCAACGAGAACAAGUACUCGUUCUUGGCCGAACUUCGCGGACGGUCGGGCACUCUUGCUAUGGUCAAUAUGGUUCCGCUCAUCAUCCUCGCCGGCCGAAACAACCCGCUUAUUGGUCUCCUACAAGUUAGCUUCGACACAUAUAAUCUUCUUCAUCGAUGGAUGGGCCGUGUCGUGGUCUUUGAGGUGCUCCUUCACUUGAUUGCAUGGGCCAUCGUCCAGGUAGCCGACAAUGGCUGGGCUGGCGUCAAAGAGAAGACAUUCAAUGACCGCUUCAUCGGCUCUGGAAUGGUCGGUACAGCCGCCAUGGUCGCCAUUCUGAUCCUGUCUCUGUCACCUGUGCGCCACGCCUUUUACGAGACCUUCCUCAACACGCACAUCAUCCUCGCCUUUGUCUCCUUCGCUGCGACGUGGGUCCACUGCGUCACCGCGACCCUCCCGGGCGGACUUCCCCAGCUCCCCUGGAUCAUCGGUAUCUUCUGCGUCUGGAUCGCCGACCGGUUCGCACGCAUGUUUCGACUCGCCUACUGCAACUGGUCACGCGCUCGCGGAAUCACCACUGCCUUCGUCGAGCCCAUGCCCGGCGAGACCUGCCGCGUGACCCUCAGCCUCCCGCGCUACGUCGACAUCCAGCCGGGCACCCACGCCUACCUCCGCUUCAGCGGCAUCCGCUCGUGGGAGAACCACCCGUUCUCCAUCGCCUGGGUCGAUCACACCACCGAGGACGAACUGCUUCCCAUCACCGAGAAGGACAUUGGCGCAGCCGCAAGUCCUUCCUCCCGUCUCAGCAUUAAAAAACCCGUCGCCACCUCUGUCUCCUUCGUCAUCGGCGCCCACUCGGGCUUCACCCGCAUGCUGUACAACCAUGCCGUAGCCGGCACUGCCGACCGCCGAAAGCCAGGCAUCACGAUCCGCGCCGCGUUCGAAGGGCCCUACGCGGGCCACCACUCGCUCGACAGCUACGGCACGGCCGUCCUCUUUUGCGGCGCCACGGGCAUCACGCACCAGAUCUCGUACCUGCGCCACCUGGUCGAGGGGUACGCGGACGGCACGGUCGCCACGCGGCGUGUGGUGCUGAUCUGGAUUGUGCGCGACUUUGAGUCUCUCGAGUGGAUCAGGCCGUGGAUGGACGCGAUCCUGAGGCUGCCAAGACGAAAAGAGAUCCUGCACAUCAAACUGUUCGUGACGAGGCCGAAGAACCCAAGGGAGAUGGCGAGCGCGUCGCGAUCAGUGCAGAUGUUCCCUGGUCGGCCCAACAUACCGAUGUUGAUGGCUAAGGAGGUACAUGAGCAGCAGGGGGCCAUGUGCGUGACGGUGUGCGGACCGGGUGGGUUGGCGGAUGAUGUGAGGCAUGCGGUGAGGAAUUGUCAGAGGGAGAGGGGGACGGUGAUUGAUUUUGUGGAGGAAAGUUUUACUUGGUAAUCUCCAUCCUUUUCAAGUUCUGGGUUUGGGAGAAGGCAUCCUUUUCUCUCUCUUUUUUUGUUUGUUAGGGGCAUCUAUCUUUUCUAUGCUUUUCUUAUUUUCCUAGCUGGCUGCUUGCAGGCUACCUGACCACCACCUUCUGACCUACCUAGCAUGGCGAUAAACCUCUCGAUCUCCUCAGAAAGAAGCGAAUUCUUUAUCUUCUUUUUGUUGGCUUUCAAUAUCAGGUGUGAACAAGGCAAAUUAGAAGGAAUGGCCUCUUUGUACAUAUCGAUUCGCGCCUGCUGUAAAUACCUACGUAGCAUCUAUGAUGAUAGUUACAACUACCUUCUCAUAUCUGUG